AUGGAGGUCUUCAAGUUUCUGUUCUACGUAUGGCUGCUUUUCGUAGACAUUGCUAUCGCUAUCACCAACGUCACGGUCCAUCCUCGCCUAUACCAAAGGCAAUCUUCCGCGGGCGCAAUCUCCAGCAACUCACUUGCUUCCACCAGUACAUACUCAAGCUGUAACCUUCAGGUUCCCAGUAAUACAUCUUGGCCCUACUUUCGGGAACUGGUGGCCAAUUUUACCAGGGUCCAUGUGGAUCUAUUCCGUCGUGACUACCGGUACACGACAUUCCCGCUCUACCUUCGCGAUAACUUCGCCCCUGAUCUACCACCAAGUUCAGUGACCUGCGACAGUGUCGGAGAGUGUUCGUUGACGUCCUUUCAAUUGCUGAACCCAGAGUUGUCGCCAUACGACAGACAAAUGGCAUACUUUGUCUUCGAACAGAUAUCUGGUAUCGAUCAUCUCUUUGAGAGCCAGCGCGAGGCUAUGCGCGAAGGUGCGACGUACAUUGACGGCCAGAUCCCCGAACUUAUCAGGACAUAUAGCGCUUCGCCGCGCAUAGAGAAGCAACUCCAGAAGAAACUCAUGGAUCGGAGAACGUAUGAGAAACUAGCAAUGGCCAUUGUUGGAGGAGCAGGAUUAAUGGCUGGCGGAGUAAUGGCGCUUCCCGUGUUCGGUAUCGGAGCAACGACCGGAGUUGCGAUGACAAACUUAUUGACAGCUUCCUACGUCUCGGUUGUUGGUUCGUUCAAUGCCGUUCGUCCUGAUCCCACACACAUCAGCUCCAAUCUGGAAGACAACAUACGCUCGUCGCUCAACGAGUUCCGCCAUGCUAUGGUUAGCAACGAAACGUUUGGCAUGCAGUCGAUCAUGGGGCAUCGACCUAACACACCUGGUCAAGAUCUGGUAGAUGUCUUAGCAGGUGAAUACUUCUUCAGGAGAGACGAGAACAUCCAACAACCUCUCCAGGAGUCGUUCCUCAGGACAAUCUUCUCCACCACUCUCAAUGGAAUCUGGGCACAGGAGCGAUCAUACAUUGUUCAGGCAAAUGUACAGACUGGAUACUGUGAGUGGGAUACGCGUGGACCUCAAGAGAACAGAGCUUGCUUGCCAGAGCAUCCAAACUCUAUAUACUACAUUUAUGCCCUCGACGUCUCUAGGGAGUACGACCAUCGGCAAAAUGACAUGGCCCUCAUCCACGGCCCUACUGGCUAUCGAAAUUUCGACUCGAAAUCAGGGCGGCCUACCCCACACGGCAUCACCAAAGAGGAUAUCGUUCGUUCCGCAAUAUUUGUUCAUGAGAACAAACUACAAGACGCCAUACGCAACCGGGACUACCACACAAUAUCCGAGGCUGCGAAGCGCGAUCGAGCAAUGAGCAAGGAUCUUGGAAAAGUUCCAGGUGGUUUCAGCCUACCAAUCUGUGUAAAUCCAGGCGGCGAAGCCAUCUCGAGCGUUUGGGACAAGAGAGCUCGCAACUACCCAUGCAUGUGCGGUAACUUUGGCUGGAACGACGGUACAUGGACCUACCAGGCAGACGAGACUGAACCCUUCCUAGUUCACACUGGUCUCAUGUAUUCCGAGGACUGGGAACGCUUUUGCCAUCGCAACGGGGAAUGCAAAGGAGUCGAGUGGGACAGACUACAUGAGAGAUUGGACCAGCAGCGUAAGCCGGAUGAUCCACAGAUUUCAAAAAAUUUGAAGCAUCUUUUCGAUCGAUGUAAGCAGGACACCGAACACGGAGCAGGGAAGCCUUGUUACGACUUUUCCAGCAAUCCUCCUUUGGGACGAUCGGUGCGCGACACCUUUGUGGCUUUGACGAAGAAGAUCUUCAGGCGGCAUGAAUGA